GCAUAACGUGACCUGUUGAACAAAGCAACACAAUAGGAGGAGAUGGAUGGUUUAAAGACACCGUGAAGAGUUAUUAUUCGCUCCAGUAAGACCAGAGGGCUAUCCUACGAAGCACUAGAUCUACUCAGGGGUUUUUCGAAAGCUAAUUAUCUUCACGUUGAUUCCAGUUCAGGUUAGUUAAACUCAUAUUGCUCGUCCGCCUACGGCUGACCAACUCUAGCAGGCUUGUAAACUACUAACCACAAGGCGGCUACAACUUCCACUCGGUUUAACUCGGUACAUUCCACCCAGAGGAAGUCUUGUGUAGUUUAUAUCCACUAGGGGGAUAUUUCUGCAACAUCUUUCUAGUUGUAGCCAAAUGAUUUUCUACAAUUGCAACAUUAACAGCACAGUCACAUUGGUUAGAUAGCAACAUGACAUUGUUAAUGAUAUUGCGGCAGUGGAAGCGCAAGUCGAGCUAGAAUAACCAAGACCAGCCCGGGUUGACUUCAGAGUGCCAGGCUGUAGAUAUGGCUGGUUUUCCCCUUCUCGGAUUCGAACCGAGGUACGUUACAACAGGUCUUGCUCUUGGUUUACGACAUUUCUGUUGAGAAAAGACCAUACUACAAAUGGACCAUGCUACACGCUUUAGACCGGAUAUAGAACAGCUGGACCAUUACACACGCGUUAGACCGGAUAUAGAAUUCCCAGAUUUUGCCCAACCCAGAAAGGAGAGAACUCACCCAUCCUGCGUUAGAAGUUCAGAACAAGAAAGUGUAGGCUAUAUAGAAAUGACUCUCGUUAAAAAAAAAUGUUGUUGUUAAACUUAACAAUAAGUAUUUACAUCAGCCUAAUCGAGGUGUAGAUUACAUCACGGACGACAGUGUUUGAACUUGAAAAACGGAUGCAUGGGAUUUAUAUAAAUGCAACUCUGCACAUCCAAUGACAAUUCCGGCGAUAGGAAUAAAAUGUAGAGACGCUUGUUGAUUUGACAGCUACAAAGCAGCUACACCUCUGACACCGCCUAAACACCGAGGUUACCGCGGAUCCAAUUCAAUCCUGGCAGGAAUGGAGAAGAGGGGCCAGUGCUCUGAAAUGAGUCUCUCGGGGGAACUUGACACGGAAGCUAACAGUGGAUGGUCUCCUCUGUCAGAGGAUCAGUCCAGGUGUGCAGUGUGUGAGCAGGUGCUGACAGAUCCAGUCUCUAUCACCUGUGGACACCGGUUCUGCAGACGGUGCAUCACUAGACACUGGGAGCAGCCUGCUCCGUCAGGACACUAUGGCUGUCCUCGGUGUAGAAAGAGGUUCAGGACACGUCCAGUUCUACUGCAACGGGCUGAACCCAACGAUGUAGCGAGAGGCUCUGAAAACAUGGAUGUCAGCCUGCAGAGAGCUAUAGUAAACCAUAAAGACAGUCUGAAGAGAAGGUAUGAAUGUGUGAUAGAAGGCCUGGUAAAAGCAGGGAGCCAAACCCCCCUCAACAGGAUUUACACAGAGCUGUACAUCACAGAGGGAGAGAGUGAAGGGGUUAACGAUGAACAUGAGAUGUGGCAGCUAGAGACGGCAUGCAGGACACCGACCUCACGUGACACGGCAAUCCACUGCAAUGACCUCUUUAAACCCUUAGCUGGCCAGGAGAGAAGCAUCAGAACUGUGCUGACCAAGGGCAUCGCUGGCAUCGGAAAAACAGUCUCUGUGCAGACGUUCAUCCUCGACUGGGCUGAAGGGAAGGCAAACCAAGAUGUGGAGAUCAUAUUUGUGCUUCCUUUCCGGGAGCUGAACUUGAUCAAAGAUCUCCAGUACAGUCUUCUCAGACUUCUCCAUGACUUCCACCCAGAACUAGAUAUAGUCAAUGCAGAGAAACUCACUGCCUGUAAAGCUAUGUUCAUCUUUGAUGGGUUGGAUGAAAGCAGAAUUACAUUGGAUUUUCAGUGCAACAAAAUGAUGUCUGAUGUCACACAGACAUCGUCUGUAGAUGUUCUGCUGACAAACCUCAUCAAGGGGAAUCUGCUUCCCUCGGCUCUCCUCUGGAUAACCUCCCGACCAGCAGCAACCAAUCAGAUCCCCUCUGAGUGUGUCGACCAGGUGACAGAGGUACGAGGGUUCAACGACCAACAGAAGGAGAAGUACUUCAGGAAAAGAUUCCGUGAUGAUGAGGACCUGGCCAACAGAAUAAUCUCCCACAUAAAGACAUCAAGGAGCCUCCACGUCAUGUGUCACAUGCCAGCUUUCUGUUGGAUUUCUGCAACAGUCUUUGAACACAUGUUAAGUACAGACAAGAGACGAGAGAUGCCCAAGACUCUGACUGAGACGUUCACACACUUCGUGCUCAUUCACACCAGCCCGAAGAACCAGAAGUGUCAUGGAAAAGACGAAAUGGAUCAACAGGAGCUCCUGGAGUCUGAUAAGGAAGCUCUUCUGAAGCUGGGGAAGCUGGCGUUUGAACAUCUGGAGAAGGGUAAUCUCGUGUUCUAUGAAGAAGACCUGAAAGAGUGUGGCAUUGAUGUCACAGAAGCCUCGGUGUACUCGGGCGUGUACACACAAGUCUUUAAAGAAGAAUCUGUGUUGUUUCAGAGAGUGGUGUACUGCUUUGUUCAUCUGAACGUUCAGGAGUUUCUCUCUGCUGUCUACGUGUACCAUUGUUACACAACCAAGAACAUGGAUGAACUGAGGCCCUUCCUCCAGGCGACUAGAGUCACGUCUGAAGAGAGAACCGUACACGAGCUGCUGAAGAGUACCACGAAUAAAGCCUUGGAGAGUAAGACUGGACAUCUGGACCUUGUCGUCCGCUUCCUUCAUGGCAUGUCACUGGCAGCCAAUCAGAAACUCCUACGAGGUCUGGUGACACAGACAGAAAGCAGUCCAGAGAGCGUCAAGAAAACGAUCCGAUCCCUGAAGAUGAUGCAGAAUGCCAACAUGUCCCCCGAGAGGUGCAUCAAUCUCUUCCACUGUCUGAUAGAGAUGAAAACCCAUUCAGUACAGCAGGAAAUUGAGAAAUACUUGAGGUCAGAGAAAAGAUCCAAAAACCUGCCACUUACGUACUGUUCAGCGUUGGCCUACAUGCUGCAGAUAUCAGACGAGCUUCUGGAGGUGUUUGACCUGAAGAAAUACAAGACCUCGCAGGAGGGUCGUAGGAGACUGCUUCCAGCUGUGAGAGUCUGCAGGAAGGCUCUACUUGCUGACUGUCAACUCAUAGAAGCAUCGUGUGAACUGUUGGUCUCUGCUCUCAGCUCAAACCCCUCAAACCUGAGAGAGCUGGACAUGAGUAACAAUGACCUGAACGAUUCAGGAGUGAAGCUACUCUCUGCUGGACUGGGGAAUCCCCACUGUAAACUGGAGACUCUGAAGCUAUCAGGCUGUGGAGUUACAGAAGAAGGCUGUGCUGCCCUGGUCUCAGCUCUGAGGUCAAACCCCAACCACCUGAGAGAGUUGGACCUGAGUGACAAUCAUCUAGGAGACUCAAUAGUGCAACAUGUCUCUCCUAGAUUAGAAGAUUCAAUCUGGAGACUGGAGAUCCUAAGUCUCUCUGGCUGUAAACUCACAGAAGCAUCUUCUGAAGUGUUGGCCUCAGCUCUCAGUUCCUCCUCACACCUGAGAGAGCUGGAUCUGAGUAACAAUGACCUGCUGGAUUCAGGAGUGAAGCUGCUCUUUGCUGGACGGGGGGAUUCACCAUGUAAACUGGAGACUCUGAGGUUGGCAUUCUGUGAAGUCACAGAGGAAGGCUGUGCUUCUCUGGUCUCAGCUCUGAAGUCAAACCCUUCACACCUGAGAGAGCUGGAUCUGAGCUACAAUCACCUAGGAGACUCGGGAGUCAGACUGCUCUCUGCUGGACUGGAGGAUCCACACUGCAGACUGGAGAAACUCAAUGUGGAACAUGGAGGACAGUACACAAUAAAACACGGGCUUAGAAAAUAUGGCUGUGUGCUCUCACUGGACCCGAACACAGCAAACAGAAACCUCUCUCUGUCUGAGGAGAACAGAACGGUGACAUGGAUGACCGAGGAGCAGCCGUAUCCUGAUCACCCGGAGAGAUUUCAGGAUUUCGACCAGGUGCUGUGUAGAGAGGGUCUGUCAGGGCGCUGUUACUGGGAGGUAGAGUGGAGUGGGAGAGGGGCUCAUAUCGGUGUGACAUAUAAAGGAAUCAAUAGGUCAGGAAGGGGUGAUGACAGUGGGCUUGGACCUAGUGACAAAGCCUGGUGUCUGGUCUGUUGUGAUGACCAUUACAUGGCCUGGAUCAAUAGUAAGCUCACUACCAUACCUUCCCCCUCCUCCUCUCCCCCGUCCAACAGAGUAGGACUGUAUCUGGACUGGCCAGCCGGCACUAUGUCUUUCUACAAGGUCUGUUCUGAUACACUGACUCACCUGCACACAUUCUACACCACAUUUACCGAGCCCCUCUACCCAGGGCUGUUUGUUUGGUGUCACUCCUCAGUGUCCCUGUGUCAGGUGGUGGCCCCUGUGUCAAAAACACAACGUGAUGUUUCACUCUAAUCACGGUCCUGUUCAGUAGUAGGAGACGCCGUAUAUCACACCACCCGGGCCUUAUUGUUUUAAUUAGAAAACGGCUCCCUGGGAAAUCUGUGAUUUGACAGGUUUAAAUGGUGUGUUAAGCCAUUGAUGAUUCCCCUAUUUCCACACAUCAUUUAGAUGUAGUAUCAGUUGUAAAAUGGAUAGUUAGUAUUGAUUCUAGAUGGUCAUAUUGGCCAUUCAAUCCGGUCUUGACCAUAUUACCACAAACCCCCUAAAGGUGCCUUAUUGCUACUAUAAACGGGUUACUAAUGUAAUUAGAGCUGUAAAAAUACAUGUUUUUGUCAUACCCGUGGUAUACGGUCUGAUAUACCACGGCUGUCAGCCAAUCAGCAUUCAGGGCUCCAACCACCCGGUUUAUAAUGUCUGAUAUAUCACAGCUGUCAGCCAAUCAGCAUUCAGGGCUCCAACCACCCGGUUUAUAAUGUCUGAUUAUCACGGCUGUCAGCCAAUCAGCAUUCAGGGCUCCAACCACCCAGUUUAUAAUGUCUGAUAUAUCACGGCUGUCAGCCAAUCAGCAUUCAGGGCUCCAACCACCCAGUUUAUAAUGUCUGAUAUAUCACGGCUGUCAGCCAAUCAGCAUUCAGGGCUCCAACCACCCAGUUUAUAAUGUCUGAUUAUCACGGCUGUCAGCCAAUCAGCAUUCAGGGCUCCAACCACCCAGUUUAUAAUGUCUGAUAUAUCACAGCUGUCAGCCAAUCAGCAUUCAGGGCUCCAACCACCCGGUUUAUAAUGUCUGAUAUAUCACGGCUGUCAGCCAAUCAAAAUGACACGUCACAGAUUCGACCUGUGUGAAAUGAAGACGAUGGAAUAAAGAGUUUGAAUUGUUUAAAUGGUAUUUGAAUAAAUGCAAUAAAACUGAAGUUUGGCCAAAGUU